AUGCAGCCCCACGAGUUCGGCAUCGUACGUGAGCAAGUAGUUCUGGACGCACAUGGCGUCAUCCUCGAAGAAGGAGCAGGAGCCUGGCAGCCGCCCGAGCUUCUUGCAAGCAUAAACAGACUGAAUUUGCUCCUCGCGCAGAAAAGGCUGAUUCUGUUCCCGGUUGCGACUGAGCUGGUGCUGCUGGCCUGA